AUCAUGCAUCCCAAACCAAGACUUAUAUCUCUAGAUGGUGUUGAAAUCCAUCGACAGCUUGCGCUAAAUGAGCCAAUGACCCAUGAGAUGGCCACAGCUAUUUUUCGUAGACUUGGUCAAAUUGAUAUGUUAUUCUCGAAGGACACUCCCGGACACAUAUGGAGGAAAUUUGUUGAACCAGACUUUGCGACAACUGUUUUGGCGAAUGCUGACCCACUGACGGUUCAAUCUAUUAGGACUAGUUUCCAAGAAGGAACUGCAUCUUGCAACCCAGCUUCAUGCCGGAUGUGGUACAUCCCGGCGAUCCUACCUGAUAGUUGGACAGUAUAUGCAUUUGAUAUGCUCAGAAAAAGGAUCAUCGUGCUAGGCCCAGCUGUAGGGCCGUUUGGUUAUAGCAAUCGCCGAGUAAGCAUGCAUGAAUUUGUUAGCAACAAACUCCAUGCUGCUUUGUUCAACUGUCUGGAGAAAUUCUUCAGCUCAUGGCACUGUGAAUCAAGCCAUUGGGGGCGCACUUUUCCUAUCGUAAUGAGGGAAAAGAUUGAUAAGGAUCAGACUGGGCUGUGUGCCACAUUCUUUGCCUGGAACUACGACGGCGACAAACUACAGAUACCACUAAACAAGGACACGCUAUCAUUGCACAGCAGCUUGAUGAUAUAUGAACUAAUGAGGAUGCAAGGGAACCAAACUUCAGUGGCUAACGACGCCCUCGAAGCUGUCAAAGCGUCAUUCACAGCCCUAUAAAAUAGCACAUCGUCGAUCGGUCUGCUCAUGUAUUUUUGAUUAUUUAUAAGCAGAACAAACUUGUAGACUAAUUUUCCCCAGUACUACGACGAUCACCGAGUGAUCCUAGCAUGCAAAUUCUUAGACAUUAACUAGUACAUCAGAGCUUUUUCAGUUACACCCUUGAGAUCUAGCUCACAUGCCAGCUACAAGUUCAUUUCCCUACGUAGAUUGACACUGCUGCAAGCAGCACGAUCAGUGCAAGCGCCUUCACAUAGCUGAUCCCUGUGUUGACUGCUACAUUAUCUUGCACUGUGUAAUUGAAAUCAGGAUCAUUAGCCUUCAUCUCAGACAGAAUCUCCAUCGUCUUCACUGCAUCCAU